CAGGUAAAAUAUGAACAGUGACCUAUAAUUUACAAAAGCUAAAACAAAACUUAAACCACUAGGGAAAGUUAUGCCCAUUGUUCUUGGAAGUGUCUUUUUAGCAUAACUGCCCUAAUAAUCGAACCCGGGUCUUCAGCGUGACGAUCGAACACUUUAACCACUGGGCUACCCCACCGCCCCUGAAACAUAAAAGCGCCAGAGUGAGUGAGUCGAGUAGUGAUGUUAAAGCCACGUCUUCACGUAACACUGGUACUGCGUUGGUACGUUGGGAAUCAAACCCGGCAUUCAGUGUGAAGAGCCAACGCUUUAGCCACAAGGCUACCCAACAACCCCAUACUAUGUCACCAGGAGUAAUGCCUAAAUAUAACGUAGGUAUUUACACCCCGGCUGGUGCGUAUUACGCUUGAUGAAUUACUUGAACUCCUAACACCGUGUUCAAAGUAUCAUAUUUCAUAGAUACAAUUGCCAACCGUUUCAGCUUAAACAAUCGACUCCUCGGUCACUGUAACCCCACAGUUUGCUUGCGGUAAUGUUUUGUUGCAGUCUCUGUUUAAGGAAAUCCCGUGACGUCAGACAAUUUCGUGGAAGUCGUUUUACUGCGUACGGGGACUUCACCAAGGAGACACCCAUGUGUUUAAGUCAUGUGGAACACAAGUAUGGAUUCAUAGACACUACACAUCUUGCUGAUUUACGAGAAUUAUCUAAAAGAACAGCAUCUGAUCCGAGGGCAAGAUAACGAACAUGGCCGAGAGUCCUCGAAAGAAAACGCCUCCACGUCAAAAGGAAGCACCAACGAAAAUAGAGCAAAGAAGUGAAACUAUCAAUAACUACAUCACGCUGAACAACCCGAAUAUUGUCCAAGUAGGAAGCGGAAAUGUCGUUUUCAAAGAAGCCAAAUCUCUACUGGAUGAUGACGAAAAGGGAGGGUUAAGCAGGAAUGAUGUCUUUGUUGGCAUGGUAAAUAGCAUAAUCAAUCCAACAUGUUCCGAAAAAGCCAUGGAGAUGUCAAUGAAAGUUGUUGAAGAACGCUUUACAAAGCAAUAUAAACGACAUUGUGCCGAAGUCAAGUCAUUCAAAGAUGCUUAUGGAGCGCCUCUUCGAACGUUCAUUGAAGCUAAUAGGGAAUACUAUGAUAUCUACUCAACAAAAGGCAAGUACAAAAUCAGACUGAAAGGCAAAGACAGAGAGAAAUCAAAGAAAUCCAAAGAAGGGAAAACAGGGAUGACAUGUGUUCAGACAGAUCCGAAACGGACCUUGCCUAUGACGGAAGAAAGAAACGAGGACACAGAAGAGAAAGGCGAGGUUCAGAAACUUGGCGAAGCUUCUGGAUGUACAACAGAAAACGUUCAUCUUGAGGAUGAUUUGAACCCCGAGUCAUGGCAGCAAUCAAAGCCAAAACACAGCAAACGAAAACCGGUCCUGAUGGAUCACUCUGUGGAAGCUACUCAAUCGGUUUCUCAAAGGGAGUCAAGUUCUUCUGCCAAAGAGGAAUUAUACAAUUCUCAGAGGUUUAUGGUUCGAGAACUGUUGAGGAAGGAUGAAAGUGAUGUACUUAUAUUUUACCCAGAUGAAUCAGCAUACAUGGAUGGACAAGCUUUAUUUAUGCAGGAUAUAGUCUCUGUGGAAUACUCCUUCGAGACUAAACCACAUUCCGUGGUUGGAAUUCGGGUUCGAGCCAGUGAUGAUUUCUAUCAAGCUCAUUUCAACAAGGAUCAUUUUUCGAUGAUGCCCAAUUUCAAUUACAACGAAGUAGUGUACGAAGACAAAGUAAUUGGUAUUAUUGAAGUGAAAAGCAGCCAUGGACAUGGCGUUCCUUCAGUUGUUACUAAAGACUUCACAGAUAGUAACCUCACCCUCAGAACUGGUCAACUGUGGGUUAGGUCUGGGAGGCAAAAUCGACUGAGUCUGCCCCAGGACUUUCUGACAGGCCAAAUAUAUCAGUGGUUUGGUGGAACUGGCCAGAUGUCUGUGUCUGCGCCGGUAGAAACAACUAGUCAAGCAAUGCAUAAGAGAGAGUUUGAAUAUCCUGAUGAAGAAUAUCCAACAACAAUCAAGAAAGGAGUGACAACGGCAGAUUUUUGUUCUGCUGUAGAUCACUUCAAAAAGGGACAUUUUGUUUUGAUUACAGGCAGUAUACCCGAAUGUGUGAGACAUGUGGAUAAUUUGGCACUUGUGCCAUGGCUAGCUGUGUAUGACUUUGAGGAGUCCAGUAGAAACACGGGCUUGCUUUCUUGUUUAGAGGAUGUCAUAAAGAACAAGAGAUAUCUACAUGUGUCAACAUGGAAAGAUUCCCCACAAGGUAUUACAGAAAGUGGCACUCAGUGGAUCUGUCUACGUGGACUUCGUGAAAUACCAGACAGCCUAACGUCAAGGAACCCAAAUAGCUGGUUUCAGCUUGUGAAAGGAAAUCUGAAUAGCACCUGCCUAAAUCUGGCAAGAUUUUCAGAAGAUUACACAGUUCUUAGAGUAAUUGUACUCUGGCCAGAUGAUGAAAUACAAGCCCAAUGUGUAUACAAAUUCCUGUGCAAGUUAAACGACCACUUCCAUAUUCAACCGAAGGUUAUUAUCUGCUUGUUACAAGAACUGAAUUCAAGUGUUGGGAAAGUCUGUUUUACAGCUUUUGAAUCUGACUACAGUACCAACCUAUUUCAGGUCAAGAUUGAUUUUGAAAGCCUUUGUCUAUCUGCAGGAAAUAUGCUGAAGGACAUUUCGAAACAAAGAGAAGUGGAUUACUCGCUUCCAAAGUUAGAAAAUCAUAUGCAUGCUGACGUAACAGACAGAGAUGCGGCUUGGCUACGUGAAGAUUUAGUGGUUCUGUACUUGUCCAGUCCAUACACUCAAGGGGAGACUGAUAUGGAAGAACUGAAUGAAAAAGUAGAUUCUUUCUUCAAGGGGGGCUCACUUCAUUGGAGCGCUAGAUAUGCAUUUGGAACAGCACACCUUGAUGUUGAAAGGGAAAUCAUGAAAUCUAUCAUUGAACAUGUAGAUCAGAAACUCAUAACAGAAUUUAGAAGUGCAACUGUCACAAUAUUCCAUGCUCCCGGUGCUGGUGGAACAACACUGGCACAACGAAUAUUAUGGGAGUUGAGAAAAAGAUGUCCAUGCUGUCAACUUAAACAGCGGCCUGGCAUACUGAUUGAUGAAGUUUUGGCAAAAAUACAAUAUCUCUACGAUUCUCUUGGCCUCCCAGUUGUCAUACUGAUUGAUGGUGAAGAUGAACCGCGUGUGAAACAAAUUAUGAAGAAACUGAAAUCAGGAUGCAUCAUUGUCCUCUAUGCAAAGCGUUAUCCUUAUGCAAUAAAAGAGCCACUUCGGCGCCCAAAAGACAACAAGUUUUGGUUGAGAGGAGAAGUAACAGAAGACGAAGCCAAAAUCCUUUCAAUAAAAUUCUUAGAAAGAUGUCAGGAAGAUAGCAGAAAAAUACUGUCCAGAAUGUGCAAAGACGUUCAACAGAAGACGAGGACUCAUGUGAUGUAUGAAUUUGGAAUGGCAGUUUAUCAUCAUGAGUUCAGAGGUAUAGAAACAUAUGUGAAAGGGUAUCUUCGGUUGGAAGAAAACCCCACGCGGGACCUCUUUCCAUGGCAGAAGAUCCUUGGUUAUCUGUCGCUUGUAUACUUCUAUGGCCAGACUUCGGUGCCAUGUCAAGUGUUCGCUCGUCUUUUGGGAAAACCGUCAAACUUUGACGUGUGUGUGGAAGACUUUCCAUACCCAAUUAUGGAGUUCAUUGUUGAAGAUGCAUCAGAUGGACGUGAGAAGAACAUAAGGAUCAGCAAUUACUAUCUAGCAAAGGAAAUUUUGGAACAGGUUUUGAAUCGGUCAAACAUCAGUCAGGGCAAAAAACUUCAAACUCUAAGCCGAAAAGCUAAGAACAAUCUGAAGGUGUUUUGCCUUGAGUUUAUAUCCAUGUUUAGUUCAAAGAAGACCAGAUCAUGUUUGACUGCUCACAAUAUCAUCAAAAUUCUUACGAGAACAUUCAUUUACAGGGACAACAGAGACGUUGGAGAGAAUGAAGUUCAAAUUAAGAAAAGACCUCUUUUUUCACAGCUCAUAUGUGACAUUGACAUGAAUUCACCGUUUACUGGAAGAUUGGAAGUUCUUAAGAAGCUAUCAUCUUCUUUUCCUGAUGAUCCGAAUUUCCUUGCUCACCUUGGACGUUUCUAUGCCCACUGCAGACCAGAAGAAGAGGACAAAGCAGAAAGGUGUUUUGAGGGUGCGCUCAGUCUGUGCGAGAAAUGGAAUGAUGGCCAAUGUACCCCUGUAACAGAGGAAUGGAGGAAGCUGACGUUGAUGCACAUAUACCAUAUGUACGGGACCAUUUAUCAACGCCGUGUUGGAAAAUUCACAGGCAGAAGCUAUGGAAGCAAACCAGAAAUUGAGACAACACCAGAGGAGUUCAAUCGUCGAAUUGAAGAACUAGUGAGGGAUGCAGACAUAGCUUGUACCUAUUUCACGCAUUGCAGGCAAAAUGCACCUUCAGGUUAUGAAGAGUGUUAUGGAUAUUCAAGCGAAAUCCUUGUACGCCUGCAACUAUGCGAUUUCGUCAACAGAAACUACACCAAUGGUGGAGUAACAGGCUUCUUAAGCAAACACGGUCACCAUGGCGAACCCGUAGCAGAGUUUAUCAUAAACAGCAUCACUGAGAUUGAAGACAUGAUUCUUGAAUGUUACAGCCUCAUUCAUCCUAUAAAUCUUGAUCAAACAUUCCAUUCAGCUGUUCUUUGGCAUGAUCAGCUGUUUGAAAGAAACAUGUUUGACAUUCAUAAACUUGGCAAUAUGUCAGUGAUAUCAAGGAGACUGCUGAUAGCUGCAAAUAAACUCAAAUACUCCAGAAAAGGGCAUCACAGUGUGUUUGAGAUCAGUAACAUUCCGAAAGCAGAUGUAAUUGAGUUCGUCAGUCUUUAUGAAGAAAACUUCAAAGACGCAUCCGUGAUGGGAGACUUCAGCAAGAGACAGCUUGAGUCAGACUUCAAAGAAUGGCUUGUUGCCAUACGACACCCGCAUUUCCCCACAGUUUAUUCAGAACAUGAUGUCCUCAGUAAGGUCAGAAACUGGUAUGAAACAAUUCACAGCCCAACAUCAACAUACUACCUCUUUGUCUUGUUGAGUCUGGUUGGCUUUGGAUCAACUGGUUCCAAAGGAAACAGUGAGAGCCUCCUUGAAGCCCAAAUGCUAAAGGACGAUAUGGACAAAUUAAUCAAAUCUGUCUCCAGACCAAGAUAUCCACAGGAAUGGCUUGGAAAGAACAAUUCUGGCAUUAAGCGUCUAAUACCCCAAAGCCGUUUAUGUACCCAGAUCGAAGGUAGGAACGUCCAGAGUGCCUCUCACAGCCUUCUUGUCUGCAAGGGAACGAUUGCCCAUCCGAACAGCAAUAAAUUGUCUGGAUACAUUGACUUAGAUCUCGGCCAGAAUUCUGUGCCAGUUAAGGUAUUUUUCAUUCCAUUAAGAGCUAAUUUGGUUGGAACUAGAUUUGCUGGACAACGGGUUCAGUUUUAUCUUGCGUUCUCAUUUCACGGUAACGAAGCUUAUAAUGUUCAGGAACUAACAAAACACCAAUGCUCGGUCUGUAGAAAGAAGACAGAGAUACAGAUGGAUGAAGAAACAGUUCAGUGUUCAUGUGGUGCUGUGGUGGAAAAGCAUGUCGAUUGAGUUGUGAACAUUCAAAGACACAGACUUCCUUAUGACCAAAAAGCAUACGAUUUUGGUUUAUACCAGAGGCUCACAUGAAAGGGGUGGACUGUCUUGAACUGCCCUUUUGAUAUCACUGUCUUUUUACGCCGCUUUUAGCAAUAUUCCAGCAAUAUCACGACGGGGAACACCUGAAAUGGGCUUGACAUAUUGUACCUAUGCUUUCGGCUUGACGAGCAAACGUUUUAACCAACAGCCUACCCCACCGCCCCCCGUUGUUAACUAACUCAAGUGCCUAUGCGAGAGUCAUCAGUUGUAUGAAAAUGUGAAUGGCGGCAUCAUAUCCCAGUUUUUAUCCGUCAAAUGCCAAGACAACAGCUGUAUGGUGAAAUAAUAUUUACUCUCCUGUGACAGUAACAGAAAAGAAAUAAUAUUUUCAGUAUAAUGAAUUUUAGUGUAUCUCUUUUGACAAUGUGGGUGGAAAGUGAAUAAUCAAUGGCAUUAUGAAAGACUGCAACCUUGAUAUGCCGACUUUAAAAUUCUUCAAAAUUGUCAACCACGUAAACAUGAUCGUAGUCAUCUGUGAGAGUUUCGUCAGAAAACGUUGUAUGAAUUAUUGCUCAUUACAAUUGCACUUCUACUUGUACAAGGCUGAAACGUGGUAAAUGUCGGAUCUGAACAAAUGUCUUGUAAUGGCGAUAGCUUAAAACUUUGAUGCUUUGAGGAAACAGGAGUAACGUGUUUGCUUCUAUUAGUAAAACUGCUCCUAAAUGCCUCCAGGUAUCCAUCUACUUGUGAGAUAACAUGCAAAACGAAACAAAACUAUGGUAUCAAGGUUGAGCUCCAUUCAAACGGCCCACGUGUGUGUGUGUGUGUGUGUGUGUGUGUGUGUGUGU